GCAUCAUUUUACGUUUUCUUUAGAUUAAGAGAAUUAAACAUUUUUAUCAUUAAAUAUCUUCUUUUAGCCCAAAUAAAUACUGACUUCAUGAGAGAGGAACACUGGUGACAGCUAGUGUUCAGAAUUUUAAGUAUUUAAAGGACUUUUUAAGGAAAAACAGUUAAUCCCAUUAGUUUGCAGGAACACUGGACCAGGCGACCACAGGACUGUUGUUCAUGCUGACGCACGUUUCCUUUUUUCAGCCCUGUUUUGAAGGAAAUGCACCAAAUUUUCUGACCAUCCGAGUAUAACUGAAAGCUUUUUAUUUUUCACAGUCAUUUUACGAGUGGAGCUCUUAUUUUGAAAGGCUCUGUGCAGCAGCAGCUGAUGAUUAAUCAGUCACUUGUGAAAAAGCAUCCAUGCAUGGAUUUAGAGUGAAGUGGUUAAACUUCCGUACGUGUCCGCCUCUCCAGCAGGGAGCAUGUGUGACCAGAGAAAGAUCCACGUCUUCAUCGGGGCUCCUCCGCCCGCCUGCAGCCCAGCCUCAGAGCCCGGCGCCGGGUUAGAGGAAGACGAUCGUGCUCCUGCUCGCUGGAGACACCUGGAGCUCACCUGGAGGGACGGGCAGCUCAGACCUGCAGGUGAUCCUGGAAAUGAGACAGGAGAGGCGAGUACACACCAUGAUCCGACAAUCACUGAAGGCGAUUGGACAGAAAACAGAGUCGGACAGGAAGGAGAGACAGGAAGUCUGAAGGAGGAUCUGUGGCCUGAGAAGAAGUUUCAGGAGUCAGACGCUGGACGGGACGAUCAGCCAUCAGCUUCGGUUCACGAGUACCUGGACCGCUGUUUCCCUGCCGCUCAACCAGAUCAUCAAGAACCUGAACAACCGCCAGCUGCCGCACCUCUUUCCUCCCAGACUCAUUACCUCACCACCUGGACUCUGAGCCAGGCGUUAAUCCUGAGACGCAGUGUCCAAUCAGCAUCCAGCCUAGAGAAAACCCCGCCCAAACACACCCAAACGCCUCCCUCCGUCUCGUCCAGCACCCCAGAGCUCUUCAGCCCAGCGACGCCAUCACCUGCAGCCUCUGCCGAGCUCUUCAGUCACCCCUGUCUGACCCCGAGAGUGGAGGAAGGCGGUGUUGUCCUUGAGGCCACCACCGAUGGGGUCCUCUGUUCUCAAGAGUCCACAACUAACACCAAGUCCCCCGCCGUGUCCCCCGCCGUGUCCCCCAGCAGCAAAAAAGCCAGAAUCUCCCCACAGUCACCUGACAGAGGUGCCACCACCAGACUCCACAGUCCCACCACACUCCUGGCCCGAUGUGACAGACCAGGGGUGCGGUACUCAGUUCUGGUGGCGGUGGUUCACCCCUGUCACCUGAAGGAAGUCAAGGUGAAGUCGGGGCCGUCGGCGGGCGCCUCUGUGCCUUUAGCGUCUAUUGUAGUGACAGACCAAUCUGGCGUUGAGAUGAAGGUGGUGCUAUGGCGGCGGGCUGCGUUCUGGGUGUUGACUGUCGGUCCUGGAGACGUUCUGCUCAUCACAGCGCUGCAGGUGAACGAGGACAGGUGGAGAGGGGAGACGGUGCUGCAGUCAACCUUCAGCAGCAAACUGCUCAACGUGGGACAGAUCACUUCCUCCUCUUCACCACCAGUUUCCCAGCAGGUUAAUGCUCGCUCUCUCAGGUGUCUGUGCAGCUUUCUCCGAGAGCGGCGCCCCCUCUUGGUGUCUCUGCCACGUCGCUCCCCUCAAGACCUGAACCGCCUCCCCUACGCCACGCUGAGGUCACUGAGGGCAAACGCACUGGUUCACGCCCUGCUGCGAGUCACGCAUACACACAUCAGCCCAGAGUGGCGUGCUGAGGCGGAGUCUCGCAGCAGGUCGGCGGUUCAGCUGAAUGCUGUCCUGACUGUGGAGCAGCCAGAGGACCAGCAGGGGGCGGUGUUACUGUGGGGAGCAGCUGUGGACUGGCUGCCUCGCUUCAGCAGAGACAAAGGGGCUGUUUGGGACUUCCGUGUCCUCCUGGUAAGGGAGGGUCUGACCUCUGACCUUCCAGAGCUGCACUCCACCCCCUGGAGCACCGUUCAGGCCGUGGACCCGACUGACCGCCGAGUGCAGGACUUCCACCGGACACGACGGUGCCAGAAAGGAAACGGCAGCACUCCGGAGCUGGACUUGGACACGCUGCUGUCCCAGAAGUACAGCGGUGAUGUGGAGCUCAGAGUCCAGGUCAUCACGUUCUGCUUUCAGGAUGCACCGGCUUCCCAGAAUGCACCUCAGCCCGUCCUGGACUGCUCCACGUCACUGGAAGGCAUCAUGGUGGCGCUGAGCGGUGACAUCACUUACACCGGCUGCGGGCGCUGCUCUGCAGAGCUCGACACAGACGCCAACGACAUCUACAGGCCGUGUUACCCCUGCCUGCCCCACACCGCUGUACGCCGCUACUACAGACCAGGUGUGCUGACGGUGAGUGGGCGGGGCUCCAUCCAGGUGUGUGUUCAGGUACCUCCAGAUCCUCUGCAGAAGAUCCUCAAGGCUCCGCCUGAUAAACUCCAUCGUAGCUCAGCUCCGGGGUCGGAGGUGAAACACAUCCAGGUGGCAGCAGAGAGGAUCCACACCCUCCUCUCCCUCCCGAGGAAGACCUUCAUCGCCACCAUCAGAAGCAACUUCCUGUGCGAUGAGAACAGCAUCCCCAUCAGUCAGGACUUCACACUGCUGGACCUUCAGUUCCUCCCUGAACCCCGCUGACCUCACAGUGACUGCAGACCUGAUGGCAGCUUUGGGAUCUGUGGGUCCUGAGGACACGUGUGACAUAAGUAAAGAACAGGGCGGGGCUUAUCAGAGGUCAUAGGUCAAUAGAAACUCAUUUUCAAUGCUUCAGUGAUGUUUUCAUGUUUCACAUUUAUACCUACAAAUGAUAAGUACCCUAUAUUCUGGAGCACCCUCUAGCAGAUCAUUACAUGAAGGAACCUUUUAAAUGCCAGCGCGUCCAUGCUCACAGGUGCACCACGGGUGCUCACACCCACAAACUGCACCCUUUUUGGCUCCUACCUCAAAGCACACUGUGUGCUGUCGAUCCUACGUGCUGCACAAUAAUGUUUAAUACUUCGUAUUUACUGUUAGCAGCAGGGUUAGCUCCCUAACCCAGCUGAGGUGCAACGAGUUACAUUUACUUGAGUAAGUUUUUGAAAAAAAUGUACUUUUAAAGGACCCUUUUCGCACAAUACUUUUUACUUUUACUUGAGUACAUUUGUGAAGAAGAAGCGGUACUUUUACUCCACUACAUUUGCAAAAUUCGACUUGUUACUUUAAAAAAAAAUUAGUCUAACACAUUAGAUAACAUGCUGCCAGUGGAGUUUCCGGUAACUUCUUUUAGCCUCUGAUCUCAUACAAUUGAGAUUAGAGGCUACAUCGCAGCUCCAGUCACGGCUUCCAUCGCUGCCUUCGUCUUUUCCCAGAGUAACAGCCAAACAGUGCAAGGAGGAUCUAUUGGCGAGCACUGCUUGUGAAGGACGUCUCAGUCGUGCAGGACUCCUGUUCACUGCUAAACAGUCACAGCUUCACAGAAAGAACCUUGAGAGCAAACUGCUGCUGAAGCUGAACCAUCACCUCACCGAGUGAAGAAAGGGCACAUUUUUGCUGAAUAUGCAGAAAUAGAUGCACAACUUAUGGUAAACUUGGCUGCCUUGUAUGAAGAUGCCUCGCUCAGUUUUCUCUGAGGCUGCUGGGCCAUUUGGAGCAAAGAUGAAUAUAAAGUUUACAGCAUAUCUUGUCACUGGACAUUGUUUGCACUGUUUAUGUAUUUAUAUUAUUUACUGCAGGUAUUGGUGAAAAACAGCUUUAUGUUGUGAAAAACUGAAACCUGGAAAUUAGAAUUGUUGUUUUUACAUAUAUUCCUGUUGAAAAUA